UUAUCACAAUUGAGAGAAAAGAGGCGGAGUAGGAGAAGAGAGAAAAAUAGAGAGAAAGAGGAAGAAAGAAGAAUUUCAAGGGAGAAGAAGAUCUAGCUUGAAGAAACUCAAGAGGGAGAGUAGAUUGGAGCUUAUAGCUUAGCUUUUCGAAGUUUAAGAAGAUGAAAAGAAUAUACGCUAACCGGCCAGUGGUGGAUUAUGAAUAUGUUGCGAGAUAUGUGAUGAAGGUGAAGACUCGAUUUCAACAUGCUGGUCAUGUGUAUUCGUCGUUUCUAGACAUACUGCAAAUGUACAGACAAAAAGAAAAGAAUCUUGAUGAAGUCAUUCGUGAGGUUGCUAUACUCUUUCAAGGUCAUGAUGAUCUUAUUCAUGAGUUUGCUAAUUUCCUUCCCCUACGUGGCUAGUGAUAUAAUGAGCAAUUCAAGAUUAAUAAUUUGCAAUUGUGCAAAGAUAGGGUUUGAAUUUGGAGCUUAUCUAUUGUUUUCAGAUACUUUUUUAAUGUUUGUAGUCUGCGGGAUUUAAUAUGCAUUUGUUUAAAUGGGGUUUAUUUAAUCAUUUAUCAUUUCGUGAAGAUUUUAUGUAAAAUGAUUUCAUUAAGUUCAAACUCUUCCAAGCUAGAGAUAACUUGG